CGUGUUGUCUAUAGACCGGUGCUUCCGGCCAACUAUCAGGAUGGGCCAGGAAGCUACCCCGGCGCUGCCGGAGGGCAUCUUUUCCCUACUGGAUACGGAUCUCUACAAGCUGACGAUGCAAUGCGCGGUUCUGAAGUACUUCCCGGAUGUCUAUGUAACGUACGGCUUCACGAAUCGGACCCCGCAGAUGAAGUUGCGGCGCGGGGCAUACAAAUGGCUUCUGCAGCAGAUGGACAAACUCGCCAAUGUGCGCAUCACCCCCGAAGAACGACAGUUCCUCCGGAAGAAAUGUCCCUAUCUCAACGAAGCCUACAUCUCCUUCCUCGCAACCUUCCAGCUCAAGCCCUCCGAACAAAUCGAGAUCAAGUUCACACCGACGCAAGACACGGGCAGCGACGAUGACGAGGGUGAUGUGGAAUACACUAUCAAGGGCCUUUGGCUCGACACGAUUCUCUACGAGAUCCCGCUGCUGGCAUUGACCAGCCAGGCCUACUUCAUGUUCUCGGAUAAGGACUGGGACUACUGCAACCAGGAGGAGAAGGCAUUCCGCAAGGGCUGCGAGCUUCUGGAGAACGGUUGUGUCUUCUCGGAGUUUGGCUCGCGCCGCCGCCGAGAUUACCAUACUCAAGACUUGGUGAUGAAGGGGUUGAUGCGUGCUGCUGAGGUAGGCAAGAAGAAGGGCUGGAAGGGCGUGUUGUCUGGCACGAGCAACGUGCACUUUGCCAUGAAAUAUGAUACCAAUCCCGUUGGAACGGUCGCGCACGAGUGGUACAUGGGAAUUGCGGCUAUCACGGAUGACUACGAGAAUGCAAACGAGCUGGCUUUGAGAUACUGGCUUGGCUGUUUCGGAGAGGGGGUUCUCGGUAUCGCCCUCACCGACACCUUUGGCACACCGGCAUUCCUGGACGCCUUCCGCAAGCCCAUCCCAGAGUACACAAGCGCCGGCGUGGGCGCGGUUACCGUUGCACCCUCUGGCGCAAACACAACCGUGGAAUCUUCCACUCAGAGCUUGGCUUCUACGCAAACACCAAUCUCGGCACCUGUCAACAAAAGCGGCAGUCACCCCACCAAGAGCUACGCCCAGGUAUAUACCGGCGUGCGCCAGGACUCGGGUGACCCGUCAUACUUCGUGAAGAUGGUGCGCGACUUCUACAACCGCGAGGGCAUCACGGGCGGGAAGGUUGUCGUGUUCUCCGACUCGCUGGAUAUCGAACACUGUCUGGAAUACAAGACGCUUGCCGAAGAAGCACACCUUACUCCUACCUUUGGCGUUGGUACUUUCUUCACGAAUGACUUCACCAACAAAUCCAACGGCGAAAAGUCCAAGCCCCUCAACAUCGUCAUCAAAAUCUCCACUGCGAAUGGCAGUCCAGCCGUCAAGCUUAGUGACAACCUGGGCAAGAACACAGGUGACUCUAAAAAGGUUGCUUGGGUUAAGAAGACGCUGGGAUACACCGAACAAGAGUGGGAAGAAGGCGAUGAGAGUAAUCGCUGGACGCAGAAGGCAUAA